AUGGACGAAGCCUCGGACCACAUGGGGGCUGCGUCCACAGAUGAAUCCCCUGGCGAUUCAGUAGCAUCAUCGAUUCCGGCCCUCCAAGAAGCAAGUUGGGUUGGGGCACCGACAAAUACCCCGCCUGUUACCAAGAGGCUGCAGGUGCCCAGAGCGUGCGACCGUUGCAAGAGGUUGAGGAGGGGAUGCAGCGAGUACAGACCGUGCAGGCGGUGUAUUGAGUCUGGUCUUGCGAAUGAAUGCCGCACUCGUGUGCCACAGCCUAGAGUAGCAUUGAGUGCCUCAGUCCCGGCUCCCGGGCCUCAGUUGGCAGAGCUGCUCUCCAGCCGUGUGAUCGACUACUGCACUGAGCGGUUCUUCGACCGGCUGCACCCUACGAUCCCCAUCCUCACCCUCGAUUACGUUGCCUCUCUCCGAGCUACGGCUGCGUCGCCUGAUGCUGGCCUGGAGAGCUUGUGUGUACUGGCAGGAAUGGCGUGUCAGGUAUUGCUCCAGACCGAGGAGCCCGAGUCUCUGUUCCAGCAGGGCGUCAUUCCCGACAAGAACCUCGCAUUCGGUCGCCUGCUCCUGGAGAUGCUCAUCUCUACUUAUCAGAACAUGUCCCGGAGAUCGCCCAUUAGCUUGGAAACUUGCCUGGUUUCCUUCUUCCUUUACGCUUGCGAGGCUGUACUCAGCCACCAUGGCCGCUCAUUCAGAUACCUGCGUGAGACUACCACUUUGAUGAUACUCUUCCGGCCUGAAGGCACGAACGAUACCUCCCGUUUGAUCAUGGAUCGCCUCUUUUGGGUACUCCUUGUAUCUGAGAGAUCACAUGCUAUACGCUACAGACGCCCGGUUACUCUCCAAAUUACGAAAGAGUCGCCUACUCUGGACUCAAGCGACCCGUCACUGGUCGGGUUCUGGAGUCUCGCGGCCUUGUUCCGACCCAUUGACACAUCUUUUAUCGCCUUGCUGAACAGGGAGACUCUGAUGAUCUCGCCAACGCCAGACUCACUGAACCGUGUGGAGCUAGAGGUCAACUCUGCACUGCGGUUGGACCCGAGUCUUCACGACACUCAGAAAGCUAACCUGAGGGUUACUCAACUGUGGCUACGGGUUAUUAUUUGGCAGUUGCGCCUGCACCUCGGAUACCUCGUGGAAGAGUCUCAUCAGCGCAGCUUGACCUUCCGGUACCCGAUUGAUGUGGCUAGGGAGCUUGUGCUGUCUACUCGCGACCUCCCGACUUCGAGCUUCAGCGUGCACGGCAUGGGCAUGACAGAAAAGCUCUUUGAUGUGGCAUCAUCCCUGGUGGAUGUCUUGGCUAGAAUUCCUCUGACACCGACCUACCAGCGUGGCAUUGAAAUCGAGAGUUCACCUAAGGAUGAUCUGUCCUAUUUGAGAAGCCUCAUCAGCAGACUCCCGGGAGGCGCUGACGUCUACGAUGAUUUAUUGGGGAAGCAUAUUCAGCAAACAUUGCCUAGCCUUGAGAUGGGAGGAAUUGAGAGCCUCACUAUGGAAAAUCUGGAAUCACAGUGA